AUGUGUCUCUCCAUCGCAUCUCUACCUCCCUCACGUCUCCUCUCUCCCCCACCUGAGCUCUCUCCCUCCCUCACCUUGCUCUCCUCCUCCUUCAACUCUCCCUUCUCCUCUCUCCCCCCCCACACUUAUCAUGUGUCUCUCCAUCUCCUCUCUACCUCCUUCACGUCUCUCUCUCUCCCCCACCUGACCUCUCUCCCUCCCUCACCUUGCUCUCCUCCUCCUUCAACUCUCCCUUCUCCUCUCUCCCCCCCACACUUAUCAUGUGUCUCUCCAUCGCCUCUCUACCUCCCUCACGUCUCCUCUCUCCCCCACCUGACCUCUCUCCCUCCCUCACCUUGCUCUCCUCCUCCUUCAACUCUCCCUUCUCCUCUCUCCCCCCCCACACUUAUGUGUCUCUCCAUCGCCUCUCUACCUCCCUCACGUCUCCUCUCUCCCCCACCUGAGCUCUCUCCCUCCCUCACCUCGCUCUCCUCCUCCUUCAACUCUCCCUUCUCCUCUCUCCCCCCACACUUAUCAUGUGUCCCUCCAUCGCCUCUCUACCUCCCUCCCUUCUCCUCUCUCCCCCACACUUAUCAUGUGUCUCUCCAUCUCCUCUCUACCUCCUUCACGUCUCCUCUCUCCCCCACCUGA